ACGGGGUUGAAGGUUAAAGUUGUAAUAUUACGUGUUUUGACUGUUAAAGUCGAAGUUGUUUUGAGCGUUUAAUGCAUGAGUUUGGCAGUCUUGGAAAUUACGAUGUGGUCAAUGCCAAACUAAGAUUCAAUUACGACUGAGAAGAACAAUCCGUCUGGAAAUGAAUAACAGGACUUGAUCUGGAAUCUGCUUGUCCCCACCCCAACUGAACCAUGGGGUCAUUCCGAAGGCCCAGACCCCGCUUUAUGAGCUCGCCUGUGCUGUCAGACCUCGCCCGUUUUCAUGCCAGCUCACCAACAUUGCAGUUGUCCAAUGCUAUUGUUUGGAACAGUGUUCAAACGGCUGUAAUUAAAGUGUUCCAAGGAGGGGGGCUGCAGGCCAAUGAGCUCUACACCCUGAACGAAAGCUUAAGGUGGCUUCUGAGAACCGAGUUGGGAUCUUUUAUCACGGAGUACUUUCAGGACCAACUCCUAAAUAAGGGCCUGGCGAAUAUUUUAGAGAAGAUUCGGCUUCAUAAUGAUGAAAAUCUUCUCCAAGCUCUGUCUGAAAUGUGGGUGAAGUUUUUCACAGAGAUCCUGCCAACCCUUCAAGCUAUUUUCUACCCUGUACAGGGUCAGGAGUUGACUGUGAGGCAAAUGGCUCUUCUGGGCUUCAGGGAUUUGGUUCUGUUGAAGCUUCCUCUUGAGACCAUGCUUCACGACACCUCAUAUCUUCCUUCAAUCACACAGAUGCUCCUUAUCCUACAGGGCAUUCAUGAUCCUAACGGACCCACACAGGAGUAUUUCCUACUCGAGAGACUAGUGGAUAUGGUUAUAUCCCCCUACCUUAGUAACUACCUCUACAUGAGUCAAAGUGAUUCCUCUUCAGAGGAUCACUCGGAACACUUUAGACUGGUUAACGGCAGUCCACACCUUAGACAACCUGAGAUUAUGGUGACGCAUUUUAAGCACGAGUCCUUUCUGGCACCUUUAUUCGAACAUGAAGGUGAAGCCUAUUUGGAGAGGACUGGCGGUGUCCGACGCCACACUGUCGCCAACGUGCACUCCGACAUCCAGCUUCUAUCCAUGAAAAACAGGAUAUGUCCAGGAAAGGUCAAGGUCAGUGGAGAACCCAGGAUGACCAAGACUGGCAGCAAAAGGACACCCAAGCCUUUCUCCAGUGAACCGGCCUUUUUUGAAUCCUGACCGGUUGCCAUGGAAAUCCCAAGAGAUCAAGUGUGCUCUAACCAGUAAGAAAGCAAUAAAUGUGAUGGGGGUGGGGGGGGGGUCUCAAAACAGAGGAAUUCUCUUUGGCCUGUCAGUGUUUCUGAAAGCUUUAGGGAAGAGGAUGUUUUUGUGGCUGAAGAAAACAUCUGUUCACUCCUUUCUUGUACAGCUCUUCAAAAGUCACUUUUUUGCCAUUAAGGUGUCAAGGUCUUGUGAAAAGGUGAGCGAGCAUAGUGCACAGAAAUACAGUAAGGUACUAGCAGAAACCGUACUGGGCCUAAGGAUCCAUAGGAUUAUGAUCUUAAUUGCACUGCCUUUUAAAUUCCUCUCUUUCACAUUCAUAAUUUAUUUGUUGUGGAAACUAAACAUGCAGACAUAAAGAAAAAUGUUGUUUGAGUAUUUCAGUCAUUUUAUGAAUGUUUUAUGGUUUGAAUGACUUAUUGUACAUUUUUAAUUAAGAAAAUGCAUUUAAUGUGAAAUGUAAAAACAUUAUUACAAUUAUUUUUUGUAGUAAUAAAGUUA